GACGACGAGGCUGCCAUGGGCAUUAAAAGCUGUGACCCCAAAGGCCCCCUUAUGAUGUAUAUUUCCAAAAUGGUGCCAACCUCCGACAAAGGUCGGUUCUACGCCUUUGGACGGGUUUUCUCUGGGCUAGUCUCCACCGGCCUGAAGGUCAGGAUCAUGGGGCCGAACUACACCCCCGGGAAGAAGGAGGACCUCUACCUGAAGCCAAUCCAGAGAACAAUCCUGAUGAUGGGUCGCUACGUGGAGCCCAUCGAGGAUGUGCCUUGUGGGAACAUUGUGGGCCUGGUGGGUGUGGACCAGUUCCUGGUGAAGACGGGCACCAUCACCACCUUCGAGCAUGCCCACAACAUGCGUGUGAUGAAGUUCAGCGUCAGCCCUGUCGUCAGGGUGGCCGUGGAGGCCAAGAAUCCGGCCGACCUGCCCAAGCUGGUGGAGGGUCUCAAGAGGCUGGCCAAGUCCGACCCCAUGGUGCACUGCAUCAUUGAGGAGUCAGGAGAGCACAUCAUCGCAGGUGCUGGCGAGCUGCACCUGGAGAUCUGCCUCAAGGACGUGGAAGAGGACCAUGCCUGCAUCCCCAUCAAGAAAUCUGACCCUGUCGUCUCGUACCGUCAGAUGGUCAGUGAAGAGUCCAAUGUGCUCUGCCUCUCCAAGUCCCCCAACAAGCACAACUGGCUGUACAUGAAGGCGCUGCCCUUCCCCGAUGGCUUGGCCGAGGACAUCGACAAAAGCGAGGUGUCUGCCCACCAGGAGCUCAAGCAGCAGGCGCGCUACCUGGCCAGGAAAUACAAGUGGGAUGUGGCUGAGCCCAGUAAGAUCUGGUGCUUUGGGCCCGACGGCACCUGCCCCAACAUCCUCACCGACAUCACCAAGGGCGUGCAGUACCUCAACGAGAUCAAGGACAGUGUGGUGGCCGGCUUCCAAUGGGCCACCAAGGAGGGCGCGCUGUGUGAGGAGAACAUGCGGGGCGUGCUUUUCGACAUCCAUGACGUGACCCUGCAAGCCAACGCCAUCCACUGCGGGGGUGGUCAGAUCAACCCCACGGUGCGCUGCCUCUACACCAGUGUGCUGACCGCCCAGCCGCACCUUAUGGAGCCCAUCUACUUGGUGGAGAUUCAGUGCCCAGAGCAGGUGGUUGGUGGCAUCUAUGGGGUGUUGAACAGGAAGCGGGGCCACGUGUUCGAGGAGUCUCAGGUGGCCGGUACCUCCAUGUUUGUCAUCAAGGCAUACCUGCCCGUCAAUGAGUCCUUCAGCUUCACUGCCGACCUGAGGCCUAACACGGGCGGUCAGGGCUUCCCCCAGUGUGUGUUUGAUGACUGGCAGAUCUUGCCCGGAGACCCCGUCAACAACACCAGCCACCCCAGCCAGGUGGUGGCAGAGACCCGAAAGCACAAGGGCCUGAAGGAAGGCAUCCCGGCCCUGGACAACUUCCUGGACAAGUUGUAGGCGGCACCUCUUGCAGCGUCUGCCGCCCCAGGGACUGACGGCACCUACAGCACCACGUCCUCACAUUCUCAGACGACACCUGGAGACUGUCCCGACACAGCGACGCUCCCCUCAGAAGUUUAUGGGGCCCACUGCACGCCAUCGCUCAAGCUCAACACUUGAUGCCAUUUCUUUCCAUAUUUAUUUCCAGAGUCCAGAGGCAGCAGACACGUCCUCUUUGCAGGGACUUACUGGGCCUGUAGGGGAGAGGGAGGUGGGAUGGGACACCCAACACUUUCCAUUUCUUCAGAGGGAAACUCAGAUGUCCAAACAAAUUUAACAAAUGCAUUAAGAGGUUUAUUUGGGUAAUUGACCCGUUGUGGCUUUUGCCCCAGAAAGAGGAAAGGAACAAGCGGAUAGAUAAUUUCUAGCAGGCAGGAAGUCCUGUGCAGCGUCACCAUGAGCACCUCCAGCUUGUACUAGUGCCAUUGGAAUAAUAAAUUUGAUAUGGUGGUGACUCAAAAAAAAAAAAAA